AUGACUCAGAGCAAAGAAAAGAUUGUGACUAAAAGGAAUGUAAAGCCAAACCCAGAAACAAUUGGGCGACAACCCUCCCUUUCCGCGACGACCACGCCCUUCCACCCCUGGAUCCCCACCCGCCCCGCGCGCGCGCAGGCAUGGCCUCCGCAGGGAGCGCGCGCGGGUCCCGCCCUUCCUGCCCGGGAGGAGGAGCCGGGAGGGGGCGGUGCAGCCGACGGGAAGAUGGCGGACCUGGAGGAGCAGCUGUCCGACGAGGAGAAGGUGCGUAUAGCGGCAAAAUUCAUAAUUCAUGCUCCUCCUGGGGAAUUCAAUGAGGUGUUCAAUGAUGUUCGGUUGCUGCUUAAUAAUGAUAAUCUUCUCAGGGAAGGAGCAGCGCAUGCAUUUGCACAGUACAACUUGGACCAGUUUACUCCAGUAAAAAUUGACGGUUAUGAUGAACAGGUUUUGAUAACAGAACAUGGUGAUUUGGGAAAUGGAAAAUUUUUGGAUCCCAAGAACAAGAUUUCUUUUAAAUUUGAUCACUUAAGAAAGGAGGCUACCGAUCCUAGACCCCACGAAGUUGAAAAUGCCAUAGAAUCGUGGAGAAAUUCAGUUGAAACAGCAAUGAAAGCAUAUGUGAAGGAACACUAUCCAAAUGGUGUUUGCACAGUGUAUGGUAAAACAAUUGAUGGACAGCAAACCAUUAUUGCAUGCAUAGAGAGCCAUCAGUUCCAAGCAAAAAAUUUUUGGAAUGGCCGUUGGAGGUCAGAAUGGAAGUUUACAAUCACCCCUUCAACCACUCAAGUGGCUGGCAUCUUGAAAAUUCAGGUUCACUAUUAUGAAGAUGGUAAUGUUCAGCUGGUGAGCCAUAAAGACAUACAAGAUUCUCUAACAGUGUCUAAUGAAGCCCAGACAGCGAAGGAAUUUAUAAAAAUCGUAGAGGCUGCAGAAAAUGAAUAUCAGACUGCUAUCAGUGAGAAUUAUCAGACUAUGUCCGACACUACUUUCAAGGCCUUACGUCGACAGUUGCCAGUUACCCGCACCAAGAUUGACUGGAACAAGAUCCUUAGCUAUAAGAUUGGAAAAGAGAUGCAGAAUGCUUAAAGUGAACGUUGCAUGACUGGAUCGUUUUAGUGUCCUUGUAUACAAAUAAAAAUUAUUACAAAAAGUAUUUGGAACUGUCAGAUCACCCAGUCAGCAUGGGCUUUUGCCAUUGAAAAUCACUGUAAGUAGUUUGGUUAGAGCACAAAGCUUAGCUAAUUGACUUUUUUCCUUUUUCCUUCCUUUCAGAGGGUUGCAACUUCAGUAUAGCUGAGUAUCUUCCUUUAGAGUCUCUGUUGUACCUUUAUUUUUUUAUAAUGAAGAGACCAUGCCUUUAGUUUUCAAUUACACGUUAAGAACAGUUUGGAAAAAUAUUUUUGCAUAUGAUAACCCUUUCUCUUGCUUUCAUGUGAAAUGGACAACUUCCAAAAUUUGCUGGGUUCCUUGUGGAGAUCAGUAAUGUGCAUUUCUAGGUCAAGGUCAACAUGGAGUUCGCCAUAGGUGCUGUUGUAGAAAUCGUCUGUCUGUUCAUUUUAUGUAAAAUUGGGAAAAGCGUUUUCUGUAUCAUUUAAACCUGUCAGAAGACUUACCUAGCUAGGUCCAUGGUAGCUAAAUUUUUUUUUUAAAGAAAAGGCCAAGGUCUAAUGCUGUUUUAAGACUUUGAAAUUAAAUAAAAGUACUUACUCCAGAAAUGCAUUUAAUGCUUUGUUCUGACAAUUACUUAAAUGAGCUCAAACUCCAUCUGCCCUCGAGCUUUUUUAUCAUAAAGCUACAAAUGUAUUAUAACAAGGCAUAUUGUAAUAUAUAUAAUCCUGUACUCAUUACUAUGUCUGUUUAUUUUUUCUUGAAUUGAAAUGUACUAAAAUUCAAUGUGACAUUAAAAUGCAAAUUUUCUAUUUAUUUGAGUAUCAGAUUCCUUCCUGAUAUAGCCUGGUUUUAGUGUUUCUAAAUAUUUUUUAAAUUCUGCUUAAAACAGCCACAAACUUGUGUAUUUGGAGAUUGUAAUAUUAUCAGUUGUUUCCAUCUGCAUUUAAGAAACAUCUACACAUGGAAUUCUACUUAAAACAGGUAUCUUUUAGCUUCAUAUUGGCUACAGAGGAUGGAAGAAAUUACAAGACCAAAAAUUAAUACAUGUGUCUGGAGAAUACCUUCCCUGAUGUAUCUCAUAUUGAAAAUGUAUGUCAGGUAUCUAAAAACACAGACUCCAUUAUAAAUGCUGUAUAGCACUUCUAUGAAAUGCAUAACUUUCAUUUUUAAUUAGAUAAAAAUUUGUUCUACAAUAUGCUACAUACUUAUAUGCUCAUGAUGGAAAAUUAAAAAGCUUUUUUAUUUUUGAGAAGGCAAGUAUUCAUGCUCACUCCUAAACAGUAAAGCUUACACAAAGGUUUUAUGUCUUUGUUUACAGCAUGAUUUAAUUAACUACCUUUAACUCUCAAGUUACAGCAUAGCAAGAGAAAGAGUCUAGACUUGGUACUGAGUAUAAAAAAGUACACACAAAGUAGUUUGCUGUUUGAAUUGUAAUAGCAAUACUCCAAUAUUCUGUUCUUCAGUGCUCUCUUAUACUGGGUUAUAGACGUUCUUGAAACUGCUGCUACUUUACAGUACUAAACUGUACAGUAGAAGAAUGGGAUUUGUUCUACCACAGUCUUCCUGGAGAGUUGCUCUCUCAAUUGUCUUUGUAUAUAAGCUACUGACCUGUGAUGUUCUUUUAAAAUCAGCUUAUAAAAGUAGUAUGUGAGCCAAUAACAAAUGCUGAGUCAUUGUCAAGUCAGUCUGUCAAUCUUAACUAAGAUCUAAAUACAAACCUUCUUCAAAGAAUUUCGUCCAACCUAUUUGAGAACAAGCUAAACAGCAGUGAAUGGAGAACUGUUAAUGGGCAACAAUGGUGCAUAUAACUUUUCUAGCUGUUUAGAAUGUUGUGUAUGACCAGAAUCAGCACUGGCUAAAAGUCAGAAUGCUAUUUUUCUUACCUGAAAUUAAAAGUUACUUUUAAAUAUAUUCCUAAUAAAGAGGUAUUUUACUGUGAAGUACUC